UUCAACUCUGGCAAUACUAACAAAAACAUGCUGUCUCUCAUUUCCUGUAGAAAUUGACGGCUCUGCACUUUCCUUUUGUCAUCGUGUUCUCGACGAAUUAGGAAAGUUGCGUCAAAAUGCAGAUAUUCGUUAAGACCCUAACGGGCAAGACCAUCACCCUUGAGGUUGAACCAUCGGACACUAUCGAAAAUGUCAAAGCCAAGAUUCAGGACAAAGAGGGAAUUCCUCCAGAUCAGCAACGUUUGAUUUUUGCUGGUAAACAAUUGGAAGAUGGUCGCACAUUGUCCGAUUAUAAUAUUCAAAAGGAAUCAACACUUCACUUGGUGUUGCGCCUACGUGGUGGUGCCAAGAAACGCAAGAAGAAGAAUUACUCUACCCCCAAAAAAAUUAAGCACAAGAGGAAGAAGGUCAAGCUAGCCGUCCUCAAGUACUACAAGGUUGACGAAAAUGGGAAAAUUCAUCGUUUACGUCGUGAAUUUGUGCCAGAUCGAGUGUAA